AUGGGGAAGAAAGAUAGACAGCGUAAGAAACUGCGUGAGUUUGCUAAAUUAAAGAACAGGCAGCGAAAUUUGAAAGAAAGUGUGCAAAAUUUGAAAAAAGAAGUUCAACAAAAGGCUGUAUGCUCAGAACAUUUAGAUCUAGUUCAACUAGAAAACGAUAAAAGUGAAGAGAUUAACGAUGAAAGUGAAGAGAUUAACGAAAAUGUCCCAUUAUUAUCCACUCACGGUGGACAGAAGGAGGAAAAAGUUUCAAAAGUCCCUGAUGUUGAUACCAUCAAUACGCAUCCUCUUCAUAGUUCGAAAAAUGAUGACUCGCAUCAAACUGAGGCUGAUUGUGCGGAAAGAAAAUCUGGGAAUAAGACGGAUCAUGACUAUCCUAAGUCCCUUUCGCAAGAUGAACCAGGCAUAAAGUUACCUUUACAGAGCUCUAUGACAGAUUUUACUGAUAGGUCGAUUUCCCCAUUGCAAAGCAUCACCAGCAAUAAUACUCCGAUGAGUGAGCAUGAGCUGCCAGCGUCCUCUACAAACUCGCUUGAAAGAGGUGACAAUAUGCCUAUUGUUCAGCCAAGUAGUCAGAUUCCCACUGGACAAAUCUUGUCCAUGGCGGCAUCACCACCUGAAGUUCCGGGGGGUAGAGCUCAAAUGGACCCAUAUGGAUAUGGUUCUAUAUCACGGACAAUCGAAGAUGUGGAGAGUGGAGCAAAUCCUACUUAUGUCGCAAAUUCAUCUUCUGAUGAGCUUGUACAUGAUCUGACAAGAAAACGGAUAUUUUCUUCCUGCAUGUGUACUUAUUUAUUCUUUAUUGCAAUGGACAGUUCUAUAAUCCUAGUAAUUGCUUCCAAAAUUGCUUCUGAGUUUCAUGAAUUAUGGAGAUUAUCUUUGGUCAUCUCAGUGUACCUAUUGGGUAAUGCUAUUGGGCAACUGAUGUUUUUGAAACUAUCUUUAGUAUCUGGUGUAAAACUGUUGUUGUGUGUAGCUCAAUUCAGUUUUAUCCUUGGCAGUUAUUUAUCUUGGAGCUCUAUUCAUUUCUGGACGUUUAUCCUUGCCCGUUCUGUUACAGGAUUCGGAAGUGGUUCGCUCAUAGCGCUCAAGAGUACUAUAAUGAAUCGUUUUUCUCAAAAGAACGAGAAUCAGUACCCUUUGAGUACUUCUAUGACAGUAUUUUCCCUAGGUGUAGCAGUUGGGCCAUUUUUGGUAAGCUUCUUUGACUCGUCACAUGGUAGUGGAUGGAAAAACGCCUUCCUAAUUCCUGUCCCCUUUUGCCUUGUGAAUGCCUCAAUUAUGCUGGCAGAUAUAUAUUCUGUCAAAAAUACUAUACAUCAUGAAGGUCCAACAACUACAUUACAGAAAAGAUUUAAAAAAGUACUAUGGAGUCCUGAUUUAUACGAAAUUUUGACGCUUGCAUUAUUCCUACUUUGUUUCGUUCAAGCGACUUCGCUAGAUUCAACAAGACUAGAGCAUAGUACGAUGAUUCAAGAAAUAAUAUUCUCUGUAAUCAUCAUUUGUGGCGUUCUAUUUUUCGUGAUAGAAAAGAGUGAUGUGCGUAUGAACUCCGUUUUUUCCUUGUCACUACAAGGAGAUAAGCAUUUAAUAUGGACAAUGAUGGGAAUAUUUUUCUGCUUUGCAGCACUGAUGUGCAUCAUUCCUUUCGGUACAACAUAUUUCAUGAUUGUUUUGAAUUUAGACACCUUAGAAAUUGCGGAAAGAUUGCUCCCUUUCUUUUUUUCCAUUGUAGUAGGAUAUUUUAGCGUUUGUUAUUUUUGGAAUUCAGAAAGGCAGAAUUAUCUGUUUAAAUUUGUAUUGAGCGGAGUCACUUUGUUACUAUAUGUGGCGCUCAUGGGAAUGAACUUAAGUCUAUCAGUAUGGAAGCAAUACACAUGUUUGUCUCUACCUUUACUGGGUUCUUCUAUGAUAUUGACCUUGCUGUCAACACUUUAUCAUGAAUACCACGUACAAAGAAAGUCACCGAUUAGUGGUUCCAUCGCUUAUUGUUUUGCUGCUAUGGGGGGAACAAUCGGCGUUUCCUCGGCAGGUUAUGUUUUUCAUAAGACCUUAGUAAGAACUAUGAAUGAGGAAGUGAUGAAGUUUAGCAAGCAAGGCUAUUUAAAGAAGGACCUCUUUAAAAUUAUCAAACAUGCCACGCAAUCUUCAAAUUGGGUACAUAAAUCGGCGCCUAAGUUUAUAUUUCGAACUUUGAUUGAGUGCUACUUACAAGCAUGUAGGAACGUAUUUAAGCUCUCUGCCCUUUUUUUUACGAUUACAGUCGUCACACUAUUCUUCUUCAACAGAAUUCAUUGA